AUGGAUGUGUCAGACACUGGGGAGAAUACUCCAAACAUAACUCCCCAGCAGGGAUUUGGGGAGGCGGGACUUGAUGGAACGCUGAAAUACCAGCUCUUGGGUCCAUCUUUGACCAAAGCAGGACAAGACGCCGUCAACCAAGAACGGGUCUCUGAAAUUAUUUAUGAGGCAUCUAAGGGGUCUAAAUUCUUCAACCACGAAAAGAUUCGUGAUCAAGCCCUGACAGAGAAAAUCCAGCGGAUUUUGGUGCAAAAGGAUGCGCUAAGGAAACAGAACUUGUCAGGAAACAUUCGUCGAGCAGAUGAGUAUAUCUCGGAAUUAGAGUUGAGCCGUGAUCUCUCUCAGACCAUCGUUCAUAUCGACUGCGAUGCAUUUUUUGCAGCUGUGGAAGAGCUGGACCGACCAGAAUUGCGAGACGUUCCAAUGGCAGUGGGGAGGGGUGUCUUGACAACCUGCAAUUAUACUGCGAGAAAAUAUGGCUGUCGAAGUGGUAUGGCUAGUUUUGUUGCUAAAAAAUUAUGUCCAGAAUUGGUCUGUCUACCCCAGAAUUAUCAAAAGUAUACGGCCAAAGCAAAAGAAAUUAGAGCGAUCAUCUCCCAUUACGAUCCUCGAUUUGAAAGUGCUAGUAUCGAUGAGGCGUAUCUUAACAUCACACAAUACUGCAAAGCUAAUGAUAUGCAGCCACAGGAUGCAGUUCAAAAGCUCCGGGAUGAGAUUCAUGCAGAGACGAAGAUUACUGUUUCGGCAGGAAUCGCGCCAAAUGCCAAGAUUGCUAAAAUAGCAUCUAACUGGAACAAACCAAAUGGGCAAUUCUAUGUUUCCAAUGAGCGUGAGGCAAUUAUGAAGUUUAUGGCAAGUAUCCCGCUCCGAAAAGUCAAUGGAGUUGGACGGGUCUUUGAAAGGGAGCUUGAUGCUAUAGGAGUCAAGACCUGCAGCGAUAUACAUCCUCUCCGCGGCAUGUUGGCUCCCCUGUUUGGUCAGAAAGCCUUCCAAUUUUUAAUUCAGUGCUACCUGGGCCUUGGGAGGACGAACAUUGCGCCCGCCGAAGAACGCCAAAGGAAAAGUGUUGGUACCGAAAGCACUUUCCGGGAUUUGGAUGGUCUUCCAAAUCUCCAAGAUAAGCUCAAGUUGACAGCAGUUCGGCUUGAAAAUGACUUGCGUGAAGCUGAAUUCAAGGGCCGAACUUUGGUGCUAAAAGUAAAGUUACAUACAUUUGAAGUUAUAUCACGUCAGGUAGUGACAUCAAGACCUGUCUACCUCGCGGACGAAUUAUACAAGCACGCCUUGCCCCUGCUUACAAAACUACAUAAUGAGACUCCGAAUUUGAAAAUUCGUCUAAUGGGGCUCCGCUGUACUAAUCUUGUGAGCACGAAAAAAAUGGAUAGUAAUUUUUUUGGAAUGAAAAAUAACAAUUCGUCCACUUUAUCUAUACAAGAACCACGUGACGCUUCUAAUGAAUCAGUUGCCUCGACCCAGGAAGAAUUUGAGGCUGCUGCUCUCGAAGAAGAAAGGGACGAAAUUGAAACCUUGGAAAGUCUGAGUCAACAGUCAGAAUCCUCGCAUCGAGAUAAGAAAACUUCUAUGGACCCAGCCGGUGCGGUGCCCCAGGAGUUCCCUAGCAAAGAUUUACCAAUAAAUAGGCCAACAUGGAUCUGCCCAGUUUGUUCAUGUCCACAAUCUGCUGACGAUCUGGCCUUUAAUCAACAUGUUGAUUUUUGCCUUUCAAGGGAAACAAUUAAGGAGGCAGUGAACAGAACUUUGAUGGACGAUGGGUCCACGUUGGGGAUAAAACGGAAGCCCGUAGACACAUCUAGGCAGGGGCAUCGAAAGCGCCUUUUUUUUGGCUAA